AUGAAUACUUAUCCAGUACGUUUACAAGAAUAUGACGGUCAAUCAGCUGAGGCUGGACUGUUUCAUUCAUCGGAUGUUGCAGUACGAAGCCGUCAAAAAAUAUUACAACCAAUUUCAUUACUAAAACUAGUCUUCGAUGGUCUGUCACUUGCAAUCGUACUUUUAGCAUGGCUAUUAUUAAAAUAUCUUGUUAAACCAGUUCGACGAGCAUUUUUAUGUUCGGAUUUAAGUUUAUAUCAUGUAGAACCGCAAAAGAAAGUUUUUCCAACUUGGCUUUUAUUUCUAUGUGCUAUUGGAAUACCAUUGAUUAUCAUUUUACUAUCGGAAGGUGUUCGCUGGUAUUAUUUAUUUCGUAAAAAAUCCGCUAAACUAGCUUACGAACUUCAAAUUCGCUCAAAAAUUUAUAGAAUCCCUGAAUGGGUAGGAAAUCUGUAUAUUAUCAUUGGUGUUUUUAUAUUUGCUAAUUGUGUUACUGCAUUUCUGACUAAUAUUGGCAAAGUCACUGUUGGUCGAUUACGACCACAUUUUAUUCCAUCAUGUUUUCAAAAAUAUUCGUAUAAUGAUUUUUGCGUUAACCCAAAUGACUGGAUUGUUAAUUAUGUAUGCUUAGGAGAAUCCAGCAGUAUUGUUAAACAAAAAGAUGGUGCCUAUGAUAUACGUCAAUCAUUUCCAUCUGGUCAUGCAUCAGCAGCAUUUUGCGGUUUAAUAUUUUUGGCUUUGUACAUUCAUAAAGUUUGGAAGUAUCGUAAUUUUGGUCUAUUUCCAUAUGUUAUGGAAACACUUUGUUUUGCGUUAGCUGCCUAUAUCGGUAUUACACGUAUUACAGACAAUCGUCAUCAUCCUACUGAUGUUCUUGGUGGUGCUAUUCUAGGAACGUUUGUUGCUAUUAUUGCAUUUCGCUACAUGGUUGGUUCAUUUAAACGAUCGGUCUUAUCAGAUCUCGGUAGUGAGUCAAUAAUCGAUUAA